CGAUUCUCACCAAACGCUGCUCGGGCUUUAGGGAAGGUACUCUCCUGUCGCCGUCAGCAGCACGCCGUCAGGAUGCCCGUCACGGCGCUGUGCCUGACGCUGCUGAUCUCCGCGGCAUCCGGGUUUUCCACAGGUUGCCGCUUGUGUCCCUCCUCCUGCCUCACCGUGCCCAGCGCCGAUGACUCCUGUCCCGUGUGCGUGUGUGACGGCGUGGCGUUGGCAGAUUGCCCCAGCCAGCCCCAGUCCUGCCCUGCCGGGUGUUCCAUCAGGAUAACACUUGACGGUUGCAGACAAUGCGAGUGUCCCUUUGAAGCAAGAGAGGAAUAUGAUGAGGGAAGAGGAAGAAAAACUAGUGAAAGUGAAAGUGGAGGAGGAGGUGGAAGUGGAGGAGUGUGCCCACCCCUCCCACCGUGUAAAUCCACCUGUCAGAAAAUUCUUGACGCCAGCGGGUGCCCCGGGUGUGAGUGUCCCCCCUCAGAGUGCCCCGCCAUGGCCUGCCACGAGGGAUGCACGGUGGAGCGCGGCGAGGACGGCUGCGAGCGGUGUGUUUGCACAGGCCCGGGAACCUGUCCCGCCGUGCCCGAGUGUCACCGAGGCUGCAUUGAAAUGGACCAAAACAGCGGCUGCUUCCUCUGCAACUGUACCGAGAUGGAAGACAACGCCACCACGCCCCGUCCACCCACUCCCGCGGGAAAGCGACCCGACAGCGCUCCCAACUCCCUGCCAACAGGCCUGAGUCUCGACCCUUUCGGGCACCUUGGUUUCACUCCAUCUUCCCUCGGAGGCUCCAGGCCGCAUCCUCAUAACAGGAGGCGUCGUCCUCCACCACGUCGAACCUUCGUCAGACUACCGCCAUCUCUACCCGGCACGCCGCCCUGGUGUUUCCGCCACCAUCCCUUCGGCUGCCCCCCAGGCUGCUUGACGGCUAUCACCACCCUGGGCUGUCGCAGGUGUUUGUGUGGUGCCGAGGCUUUCCUCUGCCCGGGAGUGCGCCGCUGCCUUAACCGCUGUCUUUUCCUGAGUCCCGAGGACCGCUGCUGCAGGUGCCAGUGUCGCCGGCCGCAGCAGCCACAGCCUAGUCCUUUCCCGUUUGGAAACCCCAGCGGACCGUCGUUCAGCCCCUUCAGUCCAUUCGGCCCUCUGAAUUUUCUACCAGAUCCUAUUCGUCGGGAGUUCAUGGGUCUGCCCUCCCACACACCUCUAGGAGAUAGUGACUCCACGGUGGUGAUCAGUUUUGGGCCAGACUCCACUACACGUUUCAUCUCCACUGGUUCAACUGAUGGCUGGCCCACCCCUCACCAUCACUCCCCAGUUGGACAGCGUCCGCACAGGCCACCUCCUCCUCCUUCCAGGCCUGCUAUAGAAGCGCCUCCACUUCACAGAUCAGAGCCCACACCUGUCAGCCCGACCCCCAGCAUCAACACAGUGAGUCACGUCACUCUCAAAGACCCCAAGCGUCCACCACCUGCUUCUGUCACACCUGCCAAACCUCCAAUAAGUGCCAAUAGCCCUAAUACAUCUGGUCCUAGAGAACCUAACACUCCUCAGUCUGAUUCCCGAGACCCUAACACUGCUCAGUCUAGUCCCCGAGAUCCUAACACUCCUCCGUCUGCUUCCCAAAACCCUGAAACUACUCAAUCUGGUCCCCGAGACCCCAACACAUCUAUGUAUGGUCUCCAGAACCCAGAUUCUCCUCAGUCUGGUCCCCAAGAACAUAAUACUCCUCAGUCUGGUCCCCAAAACCCUAACACUCUUCAGUCUGGUCCAAAAAACGCUGAUACUCCUCAGUCUGGUCCCCAAGACACUCCUCAGUCCCGUCCACAAAACCCUGAAAAUCCUCACUUUGGUUCCCAAAAACCUAACACUCCUCAUUCUGGUGUUCAAGACCCUAACACUUCUCCAGACAAACCCAAAGGCUACUAUUCUCCUCCAGCUAAUAAUGGAGACUCUAAUCCUACUCUGCCUAAUAACCAAGACCCUAAUCCUCCUCAUUCUGGUCCCCAAAACCCUGAUUACACUCAGUCUGAUCCCAAAGACUCUGAUACUCCUCACUUUACUUCCCAAGACUCUGAUACUCCUCAGUCUGGUUCCAAAGGUUCUAAUUACCCUCAGUCUGGUCCCAAAGACCUUGAUACUCCUCAUUCUGCUACCAAAGACCCUGAUACUCCUCAUUCUAGUCCCCAAGACCCUGAUACUCCUCAAAUUGGUCCCGAAGACACUGAUACUCCUCAGACUGGUCCCCAAACCCCUAGCACUCCUCAAUCUGCUCCCCAAGAUCCAAAUGCUCCUCUAGAUUACUCUCCUCCAACGAAUAAUGAAGACCCUGAUACUCCUCAGUCUGUUCCCCAAAACCCUGAUACUCCUCAGUCUGGUCCCCAGCACCCUAUUACUCCUCAAUCCGAUUUUCAAGACCCUAAUACUUAUCAGUCUGGUUCUCAAGACCCUAAUAUUCCUCAGCCAGGCAUUCAAGACAGUAAUAAAGAGUUGGGUCCCCAAGACCCCAGUACUCCAGAGUCAAGUUCCCAAGACCUUAAUACGCCUCAGUCUGGUCUCCAAGACCCUGAUACUCAGCCUGGUCCCCAAGAACCUAACCCUCCUCAGUCUGGUCCCAAGGACCCAUAUACUCCUCAACAUGGUUCCCAAGAACCUAAUGCUCCUCAGUCUGGCCCCCAAGACCCUGAUACUCCUCAGUCUAGUCCCCAAGACCCUGGCACACAUCAGCCUGGUUUCCAAAACCCUAAUACUCCUCAGUCUGGUCUCCAAGAUCCUGAUACUCCUCAGUCUGGUCCCCAAGACCCUAAUACUGCUCAGUCAGAUCCCCAAGAACCUCAUACUCCUCAGUCUGAUCCCCAAGACCCUAACACUCCUCAGUCUGCUCCCCAAGAUCCCAAUACUCCUCUAGAUAAGCCGAAAGACUAUUACUCUCCUCCAACUAAUAAUGAAGAGCCUAAUUCUCCUCAACCUGGUCCCCAAGACAAUAUUAUUCCUCAGUCAGGUUCUCAAGACCCUAAUACUCCUCAGCCAGGUCCUCAAGACAAUAAUAAAGAGAUGGGUUCCCAAGAACCUAAUAUUCCUCAGUCUGGUCCCCAAUACCCUGAUACUUCUCAGUCUGGUCCCCAAGAAUCUAAUACUCCUCAGUCUGUUCCCCAAGACCCUGACACUCCUCAGUCUAAUACCCAAAACCCUAAUACUCCUCAGUCUGGUCCCCAAGACAAUGAUACUCCUCAGUCUGGUGUUCAAGGCCCUAACACUUCUCCAGACAAACCCAAAGACUAUUAUUCUCCUCCAACUAAUAAUGAAAACCCAAAUCCUUCUCUACCUAGUACCCAAGAUCCUAAUAUUCCUCAGUCUGACUCUCAAGACCCUGUUACUACACAUUCUGGUCCUGAUAACCCCAGUACUUCUCAGUCUGUUCCACAAAAUCCUACUUUUCCUCAGACUGGUCCCUUAGACCCUGAUAAUUCUGAGCCAGGUUUUCAAGAUCCUGAUACUUCUCAGUCUGGUCCCCAAGAUCCUACUAAUCCCCAGUCUGAUCCCAAGGACCCUAAUACUCUUCAGUCUGGUCUCCAAGAUCCUGAUACUCCUCAGUCUGGUCCCCAAGACCCUGAUACUCCUCAGUCUGGUCCCCAAGACCCUGAUACUCCUCAGUCUGGUCCCCAAGACCCUGACACUCCUCAGUCUGCUCCCAAAGAUCCCAAAGCUCCUCUAGAUAAACCGAAAGACUAUUACUCUCCUCCAACUAAUAAUGAAGACCCUAAUACUCCUCAGUCUGGCCCCCAAGAUCCUAAUAUUCCUCAGUCUGGUCCUCAAGACCCUGAUACUCCUCAGUAUGGUCCCCAAGACGCUGAUACUCCUCAUUCUGGUCCCCAAGACCCUGAUACUCUUCAGACUGGUCGCCAAGACCCUGAUACUCCUCAGUCUGGUCCUCAAGACCCUGAUACUCCUCAGUCUGUUUCUCAAGACCCUGAUACUUCUCAGUCUAGUCCCCAGGAACCUUCUACUUCUCAAUCUGGUUCACAGGAACCUAAUACUCCUCAGACUGUUCCCCAAAAUCCUAACUCUCCUCAGUCUGGUACCCAAAACCCUAAUACUCCUCAGUCUGGUCCCCAAGACCCUGAUACUCCUCAGUCUGGUGUUCAAGACCCUAACACUUCACCAGACAAACCCAAAGACUAUUAUUUUCCUCCAUCUAAUAAUGACGACCCUAAUCCUACUCUGCCUAGUACCCAAGAUCCUAAUACUCCCCAGUCUGACUCUCAAGACCCUAAUACUCCUCAAUCUAACCCUCAAGACCCUGAUACUACACAUUCUGGUCCUGAAAACCCCAGUACUUCUCAGUCACGUCCACAAAACCCUACUAUUCCUCAGACUGGUCCCUUAGACCCUGAUACUUCUGAGCCAGGUUUUCAAGAUCCUCAGUCUGGUCCCCAAGACCCUAUUACUCCUCAGUCUGGUCUCCAGGAUUCUGAUACUCCUCAGUCUGAUCCCCAAGACCCUGACACUCCUCAGUCUGGUCCCCAAGACCCUAACACUCCUCAGUCUGCUCCCAAAGAUCCCAAAGCUCCUCUAGAUAAACCAAAAGACUAUUACUCUCCUCCAACUAAUAAUGAAGACCCUAAUACUCCUCAGUCUGGCCCCCAAGAUCCUAAUAUUCCUCAGUCUGGUCCCCAAGACGCUGAUACUCCUCAUUCUGGUCCCCAAGACCCUGAUACUCCUCAGACUGGUCCCCAAGACCCUGAUACUCCUCAGACUGGUCCCCAAGACCCUAAUACUCCUCAGUCUGGUCCCCAAGACCCUGAUACUCCUCAGUCUGGCCCUCAAGACCUUGAUACUCCUCACUCUGUUCUUCAAGACCCUGAUACUCCUCAGUCUGGCCCUCAAGACCCUGAUACGCCUCAGUCUGUUCCUCAAGACCCUGAUACUCUUCAGUCUGUUCCUCAAGACCCUGAUACUCCUCAGUCUGGCCCUCAAGACCCUGAUACGCCUCAGUCUGUUCCUCAAGACCCUGAUACUCUUCAGUCUGUUCCUCAAGACCCUGAUACUCCUCAGUCUGGCCCUCAAGACCCUGAUAUGCCUCAGUCUGUUCCUCAAGACCCUGAUACUCCUCAGUCUGGCCCUCAAAACCCUGAUACGCCUCAGUCUGGUCCCCAAGACGCUGAUACUCCUCAUUCUGGUCCCCCAGACCCUGAUACUCCACAGUCUGUUUCCCAAAACCCUGAUACUCCUCACUCUGGUCCCCAAGACCCUGACACUCCUCAGUCUGCUCCCAAAGAUCCCAAAGCUCCUCUAGAUAAACCGAAAGACUAUUACUCUCCUCCAACUAAUAAUGAAGACCCUAAUACUCCUCAGUCUGGCCCCCAAGAUCCUAACAUUCCUCAGUCUGGUCCCCAAGACCCUGAUACUCCUCAGACUGGUCCUGAAGACCUUGAUACUCCUCAGACUGGUCCUCAAGACCCUGAUACUUCUCAGUCUGGUCCUCAAGACCCUGAUACUCCUCAGUCUGUUCCUCAAGACCCUGAUACAUCUCAGUCUGGUCCUCAAGACCCUGAUACUCCUCAGUCUGGUCCCCAAGACCCUGAUACUCCUCAGUCUGGUCCCCAAGACUCUGAUAAUCCUCAGUCUGGCCCUCAAGACCCUGAUACUCCUCAGUCUGUUCCUCAAGACCCUGAUACUCCUCAGUCUGGUCCCCAAGACCCUGAUACUCCUCAGUCUGUUCCUCAAGACCCUGAUACUCCUCAGUCUGAUCCCCAAGACCCUGACACUUCUCAGUCUGCUCCCAAAGAUCCCAAAGCUCCUCUAGAUAAACCAAAAGACUAUUACUAUCCUCCAACUAAUAAUGAAGACCCUAAUACUCCUCAGUCUGGCCCCCAAGAUCCUAACAUUCCUCAGUCUGGUCCCCAAGACCCUGAUACUCCUCAGACUGGUCCUGAAGACCUUGAUACUCCUCAGACUGGUCCUCAAGACCCUGAUACUCCUCAGUCUGGUCCCCAAGACCCUGAUAAUCCUCAGUCUGGCCCUCAAGACCCUGAUACUCCUCAGUCUGUUCUUCAAGACCCUGAUACUCUUCAGUCUGGUCCCCAAGACCCUGAUACUCCUCAGUCUGUUCCUCAAGACCCUGAUACUCCUCAGUCUGGUCCCCAAGACCCUGACACUUCUCAGUCUGCUCCCAAAGAUCCCAAAGCUCCUCUAGAUAAACCGAAAGACUAUUACUCUCCUCCAACUAAUAAUGAAGACCCUAAUACUCCUCAGCCUGGCCCCCAAGAUCCUAAUAUUCCUCAGUCUGGUCCCCAAGACCCUGAUACUCCUCAUUCUGGUCCCCAAGACCCUGAUACUCCUCAGACUGGUCCUGAAGACCUUGAUACUCCUCAGUCUGUUCCUCAAGACCCUGAUACUCCUCAGUCUGGUCCUCAAGACCCUGAUACUCCUCAGUCUGGUUCCCAAGACCCUGAUACUCCUCAGUCUGGUCCCCAAGACCCUGAUACUCCUCAGUCUGGUCCCCAAGACCCUGAUACUCCUCAGUCUGGUCCCCAAGACCCUGACACUCCUCAGUCUGGUCCCCAAGAUUCCAUUGCUCCUCUAGAUAAACCGAAAGACUAUUAUUCUCCUCCAAUUAAUAAAGAAGAUCCUAAUGCUCCUCAGUCUGGUCCUCAAGACCCUAAUACUCCUCAGUCUGGCCCCCAAGACCCUAAUACUCCUCAGUCUGGCCCCCAAGACCCUAAUACUCCUCAGUCUGGCCCCCAAGACCCUAAUACUCCUCAGUCUGGCCCCCAAGACCCUAAUACUCCUCAGUCUGGCCCCCAAGACCCUGAUACUCCUCAGUCUGGCCCCCAAGACCCUAAUACUCCUCAGUCUGGCCCCCAAGACCCUAAUACUCCUCAGUCUGGCCCCCAAGACCCUAAUACUCCUCAGUCUGGCCCCCAAGACCCUAAUACUCCUCAGUCUGGCCCCCAAGACCCUAAUACUCCUCAGUCUGGCCCCCAAGACCCUAAUACUCCUCAGUCUGGACCCCAAGACCCUAAUACUCCUCAGUCUGGGCCCCAAGACCCUAAUACUCCCCAGUCUGGUCCUCAAUAUCCUAAUACUCCUCAGUCUGGUCCCCUAAACCCUGAUACUCCUCAGUCUGGCCCCCACGACUCUGAAACCCCUCAGUCUGACCCCGAAAACCCUGUUCUUGAAGACCCUAAUACUUCUCAGUCAGGUCCACAAAAACCUGCUACUCCUCAGAUUGAUCCCUUAGGCUCUGAUACUUCUGAGUCAGGCCCUCAAGACCCUGAUACUCCUCAGUCAGGUCCCCAAGACGCUACUAUUCCUCAGUCUGGUUCCCAAGACCCUAGCACUCCUCAGUCUGCUCCCAAAGAUCCCAGUGAUUCUCUAGAUAAACCGAAAAACUAUUACUCUCCUCCAACUAAUAAAGAAGACCCUAAUACUCCUCUGUCUGGUCCCCAAGAUCCUGAUACUCCUCAGUCUGUUCCCCAAAACCCUGAUACUCCUCAGUCUGGUGAACAAGACCCUAAUACUCCUCAGUCAGCUCCACAAGACCCUAAUAUUUCUCCAGACUCUGAUCCUGCAUUAACUAAUCCCAGAGAACCAGAUCUAUCUUCAACUAAUCCUGAAGAUCCAAAUCCUCAAGAUCCAAAUCCUCAAGAUCCAAUCUCAUCUCCACCUAAUCCUAAAGACCCUAUUACAACUUCACUUAACCCAAAGGAUCCUAACACUUCACCCAAUACUUUAGACCCUGAUUCACCUAACCAUCCUAACUCACCUUUACCCAAGCCUGGAAACCCAAUCAUAUUUCCCUCCGAUCCUCUCCCAGCUGAUCCCUUGACUCCCUUUGAUCCAAGAGACAGCGAAGAUUCAGAUUUUGACUCCCAGAAGCGUAGUCCUCUUCCACCUGCAGCUAAAGGUUUUAAUCCUACAAAGUAUUACGCUCCACCUAUUCCUUUACAACUUAAUCCUUCUCCACCUGAACGGAAAGACGUGGACUCGCCACUCACUGAAAGCUCCAUCACGUGGAUCGUUGUGACAUAGUUCUCUCUCUCUCUCUCUCUCUCUCUCUCUCUCUCUCUCUCUCUCUCUCUCUCUCUCUCUCUCUCUCUCUCUCUCUCUCUCUCUAUCUAUCUAUCUAUCUAUCUAUCUAUCUAUCUAUCUAUCUAUCUCUAUCUCCAUCUAUCUAUCUGUCUAUCUAUCUGUCUAUCUAUCUAUCUAUCUAUCUGUCUAUCUCUCAGUAGUCUGGUGUUUUGUGCUGUCAUGUUGUCAUACUACUGUGAUUAUCAACAUGUGCUUUUCUUCAAUGUUUUUAUUCUAAUGUAUUUUAUUCUGGGCAAUAAAAUUAUGAAACAA